AGUGUAACAUUUCACAGCUAAGUUUGCAAAUGUUAAAUUACGCAAUAAUGAACUAAACGCGGUUCAUCCAUUCAGAAGUGGUCAUAUUUAUGUGAACUUUGUUUGAUCUCAUAGACAUUGUCCUAACAUAUCAAACAAAAACUGAGAAAAGAGCGGAAGUGUGAUGUCAUGGCAAAUCUCUCCAGUGGCAUAUUUUGAUCGUGAACCCGAAAGUAAAGUAGGCUACUGUAACUCCAACAGAAGAAUAAAAAAAGGUUGAGUUACAACAUACCAAAAUGACAAGUAAAAUAGAUGAUGUAAUUGGACUUUGCUGUAAGAUAUCAGAAAACAGGAAGAUAAAAGUAACAGUAGAGAACUCCGCGAAAGGAGCUGCAACAGCCGGAGGAGGAGCUUUUAUUGGGGGCCUGCUUGGAGGCCCAGCCGGUAUAUUUCUUGGUGCGACAGUAGGAGGAGUACUGGGAUGGUGGAUGACCAGCGGUAAAUUCCAACCUCUUCAUCAGAUCAUAAUGGAGCUGCCUCCUGAACAAAAGCAGAAACUUUACUCUGAUGUCAUGGCAGUACUGGGCAAUCUGAACUGGGUUGACCUUGCUCAAUUAAUUGUUCUUGUAAUGGGGAAUUCUUCUAUGCAAAUGCGUGUACUUAGUACUAUACUUACGUAUGCCACAAAAGAUCUCGGAGCCAAAGUACAGUAUGGAGAUUGAAUUAUUGGAAAGUAAAUGUAAUCUGUUUAGAUUAUGCUAAGUAUGACGGUUUACUUCUUAUUUGUCUUUACCAUACAUGUUUAAGAAAACUCAAAGCUCGCAAAGACAAAAGUGCAUUCAUUGAAAACACUUCUGUCAGUCCCUAAACUUGUGUAAGUUCAUCUGUUGUUGCAACAAUUUUCAGUUCAAGAUUAUUCAACAUUAUAUUUCUUCUCUGAAUGAAAAUUAAUUAUAGGUUGAAAUACAGUAUUGUUAUGUUCAGGGGAAUAUUAACUUGAAGUAAGCAUUGUGUAAAUUUACAUAAAAACACAUAUGCAUACUUAUCCCAAAGGGACUGGCAACCAUUCAAAAAAAAAAAAAAAACGAACUAUGCUAGAAACUUAUUCUAAAUUCUAAAUAACUGUAUCUUACCACAAUCGACCAUUUGAUCCAAGUAAAUAGAUUCAAUUUGUGGAUACUUGAGUUCUAAAAUACUGUUUCUGUUUCAUUCAACAACAAAAUAUUGUAGUUAUACAUGUGUGUCUGUUAUGGCACACUGACUAUUAUUUGGUUUUUAAAUGUUCAUUGUAUUUCAUUUAUAUCGUUUUUUUAUUAAAUAGAAUAAAUGUCUCAUAAAAGA